GCCUGUGCCUUUCGCUCUAGCUGCUCACUGCGCCCCGGGGGCCGGUGCGAAUGGAGGGGCUUUGGAACCAGGUCCCUAAGAUUACGGUCGCUUGACACUGCAGUCCGGGAUUGAAAAGGAGCAGCAGUGGGUCGAGAAAGGCGGAACGAAGAAGUAAACUGGUUUCUGCCUGGUGAAGAGCGUCACGCCCCCACUCCCUAAAAAAAUCCACUCCGAAAAGAGCGGGCGAUCAAGCGCGCAGACUGCGGAGCGGGCUGAUACUGGUGGGAAGCACUGAGUCAUCUGUCUCACCUGGGGUUUAAGGAAAAAAUGCCUCAGACUCCUCCCUUUGCUGUGAUGUUUGACAGCAGUGGAUAUAACAGGCCCCUGUAUCAGUCCAAAGAAGAUAGCUGUGAAGGAUUGUAUUACCAUGACAACAAUUUGCUAUCAGGAUCCCUGGAAGCCCUCAUCCAGCACUUAGUACCCAGCAUAGACUAUUAUCCUGAUAGAACAUAUAUAUUUACCUUUCUACUCAGUUCUCGUUUGUUCAUGCAUCCAUUUGAACUAAUGGCCAAGGUUUGCCAUUUGUGCUUUGAGCACCAGAGGUUAAGUGAUCCCACUUUGGACAAGAGCCAAAUUCGAAAAAUCGCACCCAAAAUUCUUCAACUCCUAACAGAAUGGACUGAGACAUUUCCAUAUGAUUUUCGAGAUGAAAGAAUGAUGAGGAAUUUGAAAGACCUUACUCAUCGAAUAGCCAAUGGAGAGGAGACAUACAGGAAGACUGUUCAGCAGAUGAUACAGAGUCUGAUCCGUAAGCUCGCUACUCUUGGCCAGUAUGAGGAGGUCCUCGCAAAAAUUAAUGCAACGUCCACAGAUCGGCUUACAGUUCUCAAGUCCAAACCGCAGUCAAUACAAAGAGAUAUAAUUACCAUCUGCAGUGAUCCUUACACAUUGGCACAACAGUUGACUCACAUAGAACUGGAGAGACUCAAUUAUAUUGGACCAGAAGAAUUUGUCCAGGCAUUUUUACAGAAGGAUCCUUUGGACAAUGACAAGAGUUGUUACGAUGAGCCAAAAAAGACACGAAACCUUGAAGCUUAUGUGGAAUGGUUUAAUCGACUCAGCUACUUAGUUGCCACUGAAAUUUGCAUGCCUGUGAAAAAGAAGCAUCGAGCAAGAAUGAUUGAAUAUUUCAUUGAUGUUGCCCGAGAGUGUUUCAACAUUGGAAACUUUAACUCCUUGAUGGCAAUAAUAUCUGGUAUGAAUAUGAGCCCUGUCUCACGGCUAAAGAAAACCUGGGCCAAAGUGAAGACUGCCAAGUUUGACAUUCUUGAGCAUCAGAUGGACCCUUCAAGCAAUUUUUAUAAUUACCGAACAGCUCUCCGAGCAGCAGCACAAAGGUCUUUGACAGCUCACAGCAGCAGGGAGAAGAUUGUGAUACCCUUCUUCAGUCUUUUUAUCAAAGAUAUCUAUUUCCUCAAUGAGGGCUGUGCAAAUCGCCUUCCGAAUGGUCAUAUUAACUUUGAGAAAUUCUGGGAACUGGCCAAACAAGUGAGUGAAUUUAUGAUAUGGAAACAAGUAGAGUGUCCCUUUGAGAGAGAGCGGAAAACAUUGCAGUAUCUGCUCACUGUUCCAGUCUUCAGUGAGGAUGCUCUUUACCUGGCUUCCUAUGAAAGUGAAGGCCCAGAAAAUAACACAGAAAAGGACAGAUGGAAGUCUCUAAGGUCCAACUUCUUAGGCAGAGCAUAAUGUGAGAGAUGUCCAUUGCUGUAGCUAACACCAUCGCUGCUGUGUAUUAGCUCCUUUGGGAAUAUAUCACGUCAUCAUUGUUGUUUUCAGCAUCCAGUGGUAGGAAAGUGACGGGUGCCCUGAACCCAGCAGAUGGAAGGAGAGCUUAUGUGAAUCUGGAAAGCAAAUUUAUUUGAGAACAAAUGGAGGACAGACUUCCCACAGAUGACAGAUUAAGUCAUCAUGUGUGAGACUCAGACACUGACUGAGGACAGCUUUGACAGAAUCCUUUUAAGCUAUUGGAACUGCCAUGUAAUCCAUCUUUCUUGGACUCUCCGUGAGAAUGAGUCACUUUGUAUCUGAAGAAAAGAGAAAGAGAGAAAAAGAGAGAGAAUUUUUGUCCAUGUGUACAUGCAUCCUUUUGCAUUAUUUGGGCUGGAGAUUUGCUGCUAAUGGGACAUGCUAAGACUCAGUGCUGACUCAUAGAAAGUUGUUCACUUAGAAACAAAAAGAGGACAAAUCCUCCAGUUAGAAGACUUUGCUCAAUAAUCCAAGAAGCUUAAUCAGUAUUGGCAGAAAAAGACUGAUCCGGUGCUGUCUACUGAGUUUGUUUUGAGUGUAUGAUGUGAUAUGUUUUCCCAAUCCCAUAAGGUACUGAGUUGGCUGCUGGUUAGCAAACUCACUUUUACUAAUAUAAAUUAUUUAAAAUAAUAAUGAAGUUUAAUACUGUGGCAUGGAAGAUGGCCACUAGAAAACCAUCAUUUGAAGCUGGACUAUUUGAUGUGCUAGAAAGUAGUUUUAUUUUCUUCUGAGCUGUUUACAAAUCACCAUUGUGUUCUACUGUUAUUUCUUCAGUUGUCUUUUGUUAAUCAUUAUUUUCCAUGAUAGCAAUUUCUUUUCCGGUGUAAAUUCAAAAAAUUUUGCUUUUUUGGAAGAUUCUCCCGGAAUACUCAAUACAUCUAAGAUAUCUAUUAUA